GGUCCCUACAAAUUUGUAUUUUCCCCAAUAGAUGGCAGAAAAGGAACUACCCGGAUAUUGAAUCGUCAGGCAACAUAAAAACAGUGGGAAUUUCGCUUUUUCUCGUAAUUAGAUAAUUCAAAGUAUGAUUUCAGCAACCAUAAACAGAAGAUGAGAGAAAAGCAGACAGGCCUAAUUAACAACUGAAUGCAAAAUACAAUACGGUGAAUGUACUGGGGGUUGCAAUGAUUUUACAUCACUUCUACUAACACACUAUGCCAAAAUCAGGACCAAGGGAGAUUAGAGACAUCAAUGACCAUCUAAUAGAAGAUCAUUUUGUAGCUAAGAAUGCACCUUUUGGAACUACAGACACCCCAACCAAUGUUCGAGUCAAAAUUAUUGGUGGUAAAAAGGUCUUAGUGCCAGAGACUUUCCCAGAGAAGCAAAGGAGACAACAAUUAAAAGAUGCUGCUGAACUAAGUCCCUUAAGUGGGUCCCCAGGGUCUCCCCAGGGGACCUCUCAAAAGAAAAGGUAUGACCCUAAUCCUUUUGAUGAUCCCCAGAAGAGGUCAUAUAGCAUACAGGAAAGCCAAGCAGGAGGGGAGUCUCCCAUGCCAAAAAAUAUAAACCCCUACUCCCCUUUGCCCCCCAUCCCUAGCCCAGAUACACACAACACCCAGCCAAGGCAAACCAGCAAUAAUAUAAAUGAAAAUGAUCACACCAAAGAUGAACUAUAUGAUAGGAAUCUACUGGGCGCAGAUCAACUACCUUCUAAGUCAAUAGCUCUGAGUAAACAAGAUGAAUUGGAACUCUUGCAAAGGAUUAAAAAAGAUUUAGAGUCAUUUGAUCCAAGAAAGUUAAAGGACAUGUAUAUUGACUUCUCAGGAUUUGAUAAAGAUUUGAGUGGAUAUAUUACUUACAAGGAUUUGUGCUUCACAUUGAUUAAAAGUCAGGCAUAUGUGCAGCCAGAAAGCCUUAGAUUGAUGUGUGCACAAUUUAUCUCUGAUAUGAACCCAAAUAUGGUCAACUAUGAGAAAAUCUUGGCAUUUAUGAGUGCAGCAAUGAAGAGAUCCACAGAGGAAACUUCACAUGUUGACCCCAAGAGAGGUGAUUCAAAGAUUGUGCUACCACCCUAUGGGUUUGACCCAGAGCGAAAGGUCGAGCGUGACAUCACAGAGAAUGCACAGCCCAACUACAGGAGAGGGUCAAGUCAACAGAGUGGCAACUAUUACAGCAACCCUAUAACACAGGCGGAUGGUGCAAGCCCCCCUCAUUUAGGUGCCUUCAAGGUACAGCGUGAGGAUGUGAAGCUGCUGAAGAUGAUAGAACAAUGUCUCAUGAACAGUGAUGAUGAAAUAAGGCUGGACAGAGUCAGACUCACGUUCCAAUUGACAGAUAAGUACCACAGAGGUACUCUCUCAGAAAUGCAGAUUAAGGAAAUAUGUCGCUUCCAUAGGCUUCCUCUUCAAGAGUCAAUCAUCAAUAAAAUCCUGGACCAUGUGGAUGAUAGAGGACAAGGCCAAUAUGACUGGGAGCAGUUUUUGAAGUUCUUAGAACGUGUUCAACCUCAAGAGACUGGUUUGAGGAUUCCCCCUAGCAAGAGGCCCACAGAGUAUGUGAAGCAUUACCCUGCCCCCUCAGCAAACUGGCCCCUGGGUGACUCCUCCCCUAGAGACAGGCAGCCAAAAGCACAGGAAACACAGCCAGAUAAAUACACUACAACAAAACAGAUGGAAUACGCCCCUCCUGCAGAGAUUGACCCGAAUGCAUACCUCAGUCCCCGUAUUGCCAGGCCAGAUGCCUUGGACUACAUAGAUAGUAAACUACAGCAACAGAACCGUAUUGAUGAAGUACAGAGACAGAUACGUGAGUUAGAAGAAAGUCAGAAAUCCAGGGCAAACCAGCUUCAACAACAAGGCCCAGAACACCACAACCAGUCACAGCCUGCCACAGAGGGUGAGGGCUGGUUUGACAGGUUCCAGAACCUUGCAGAUGUUCUCUAUAGAAAUGACACUGAUAGAAAUGGGCUUCUGCCAUAUGAUCAAGUGUCAUUCAUAGUGAAACAGUUCAACAUGGUAAACAAGCUAGAACUGCCAGAGGGAACCAUCAACGACACACUGGACUAUCUGAGGAAGGGUGAUACUAUUGAUAUUGACUCAUUGUUGAAAGUUCUCAUGAAGUUUGAGCCUGGAACCUAAAGGAUCAGUCAAAGAUGUCUAGGAGGAACAGACAAUAUGAAUGUAAUAACACCUCUAGAUCUGCUGAAAUUUUCUCUUGAUUGGAUUGAAAACCAUAACAUAA